GAUCCAAACUGGCUAGGGCUAGUUUAAAAUGUUUUUAUUGAUUUUAGAGGAGAAACAUCUAUCAGAGAGAAAAAUAUUGAUUGGUUGCCUUUUGUACACACCCCAGUGGGGAGUCAAAACUGCAACCUGGAUGUGUGCUCUGACUGCUAUCAAACUGGCAAUCCCCUGGUGCACAGGAUGAUGCUCAACCAGCUCAACAGCCGGCCUGUUUUGCGUGUUUUGUCCUUAAUGUGUGUGUUUUUUAAAUAUAUUUUUAUUGAUUUCAGAGAGAGAGAAACAUCAAUGAUGAGGAUCAUUGAUUGGCUGCCUCCUACACGCCCCACACUGGAGAUCAAGCCCGCAACCCAGGCAUGUGUCCUGACUGGGAAUCAAUCUGUGACCUCCUGGUUCAUAGGUUGAUGCUCAACCACUGAACCAUACAGGCUAGACUGUCCUAAAUGUUUUUCAUCGCUUUCACAUUUUUAUUUUAAGCAUCUUAGAGUUUUCAUCAGACACAUCAGCACCUGAAGCUCACAGGCUUCCUCUUCUAUCUUCUGACUGGUCUUCAUGACUGAUUAUAAUCUUGGAUAGGGGAACUGGUGGCCAGCUUGGGGCUCUAUCUGUGGGACUCCUGGAUGAUCUACAGGCCGGUCCUUGUAAAUGGGUUUUGCCUUUGCUCCCACCAGGUGCCCCAUGAGUCCCAGCCUGAGCCCAUUUGGGAUGGUUCUCAGCUCAGGGCUCUGUCCCUUACAUGACAGUGAAAACCCAAACCCCUUUUAUUGCUGAUGUUGGCAUUUUCUUCAGCUUUCCAGUGAUGUUUCUGGGGCUUCCCUUUCUUACAAGUUGGUUAUGCAUUUAUUUUUUCCAGCAUUGCUAGAGAUGUUCUGUAGUGGGAGGACUGUUCAAUUUCAUGGACAAUAAUGCUGCUGCUGGAAAUGAAAUUUGGCAGCAGGUGCUACUUUUUAACCCCUAUCCCAAGUGAUCCAGAUUUCUAUCUUGCCCUUGGCUGGAAACUGCAGGUGGAAAACUUCCCCACCCAGUUCCACAGGACCUUGGCUGUCGAAUGGGAAUGCCUGAGAUGUCAGGCUAAUUCCUAGGAAUGUCCCAGGUUGGUCCAACCUCCCUCCCCAUACUUCCGCCAGGCCUUUUUGGGGCAACAGGAAAGAUGCUCUCACCCUUUGCCCUGGGAUUUUUACCCCUAUACUCGGCCAUGUGGACUGAUCUACCAGUAAAGCCAUAUGCAUCAGUGGUUAGGAGCAGGGACCGUGUGUUCAGCAGGACCUGGGUUCAAAUUCUGCCUGCUUUUAAUUUUGGGUGACUCUGGACUACUUCUGAAAGUAGUCUCAAUAGGUACUGCAAUAAGAACAACCACACCAGCCUUAACCGGUUUGGAUCAGUGGAUAGAGCUUCGGCCUGCGGACUAAAGGGUCCCAGGUUCGAUUCUGGUCAAAGGCGUGUACCUUGGUUGCGGGCACAUCCCCUACGGUGUUUCUAACUCUAUCCCUCUCCCUUCCUCUCUGUAAAAAAAUCAAUAAAAUGUAUUUUAAAAAAAAGAACCACCAUACCAAAUUAGUGAAGCAAUCCCCUGUAUGUAGAUUUCCGGUCAUUUCUGAUCUUUUGCUGAUAGAAAGUAGCGAAUAGUCCUGAGUUUGUGUCUGCUCACCUGCUAAGCAUAAAUUCCUGACAGUUUCGGGGUCAAAGGGAUGGGAUUUGCAGUUUCAGUAUCAACUGCUCAACUGCUACCAACUUACACUCCCACCCACAGUGUGGGGAUGCACCUAUGUCAUGCGUGCACCCCAGCCAUGUGAAAGCAAGCUCUGAUUUUUGCCCAUCUUGGGUUCCGAGUAGAGUUUUAACUCAAUCUCACCUGUGUGAGGUCGAGCACCUCUUCAAACAUGCAAAAGCUAUUUGAAUUUCCUUCGCCUCAAAAGCUCUCCCAAGCUCCUCAGUGCCAAACACCAUGUUAAUCACUGUCCUCAAAACCUCAUGUGGGAGGGACUGAUUAGCCUCCUUUCAGAGGUAAGGGACAGUCUCACUUCCCAGGGGCCACAGGGGCAGGGUAUGGAAGUCACUGUGACUUGCAACUGCCUCCAAGACCCAGUGGGAGCCAACCUCCCUUCUUGCUGAUGCUCUGGACACCAGGACCGGCUGAGUCCCAGGGUACUCAGGUGGGCCUUCUAGAGGCAGGAGUCCCUGCAGGGUGAGCUUCCGGCCCCUUAUGUCCCAACUCUUGGCUGUCCUGGAGCCUCUCCCUUUUCCUGUUUUGACACUGGCUCAGCCAGGCCCAGACACAGGAGCAUGAUGUCUUAAUCCUCUAGGCUGGAGCCAUGAUGGAUGAGUCCCCAUUAGCUAAUUCACCUGCCAAACCACCUCUUCCCUGCUCCCGCUCCACCUCCCCCCCUCCAACAUAUCCGUUCCACCUGGUGCCCAACACAGGGGCUCCUGAGCCUCAGCACCCUGCUUGAAUGGGAAGGGGCCCCAAUGGGGGGACCACAGAACCUCCCCCGCCACCUCUCCUUCCAGAUGGCAGGUGGGACAGUGGGGCAGGGACCCUGGUUGCUCACCCUGGGCUGGGCCCUGGCUGCCGCUUCAACUCUUAAAUCAAGGUGUGGAGGGGGUGUCAGAAAUCUAUGGAAUGUCUGGAUGAGGGGGUGAGCCCUUAACUCUUAGAAGGAAAGAAUGUGGGACAAAGGGAGUUGGUCUGCCUGGGUCUGAGGAUGUGGGAGACAAGCUGGUGGGGGACAUGGGGCCUUCGUGCCCAUACAGCAUCCGGCAGUGAAGAGGUCAUUUCCCAGCCCAGAUGGGGAUAAAUUGAGAGCCCAGGACCUCUCCAUCCUCAGAACCUGUUCGUCGCCAUGGCCAUAGGAAGAGUCCUGCUCAGCUCUCUGCUGCUCCUAUCCCUGCAGCUGGGCCUCGGCGGGAACCCGAGUACGCCAGGGGCUCCAGUGGUGGAGGGAACACUCUCGUCUGAGCCGGCAGCAGACAUGGGGACCUGGAAGGCACAGCUGAGUGCCCGCCUGCGCCGAGCCCCGGCCGGCCCAUGCCAGCUGCAGAGCUUGGCUCUGCCAGUGGUGGAGCUGGGCCUGGGCUAUGCUUCGGAGGAGACGAUCAUCUUCCGCUACUGUGCUGGCAGUUGUCCCCGAGGUGCCCGCACCCAGCACAGCCUGACGCUGGCCUGGCUGCGGAGCCAGGGCCGAGCACAUGGAAGCCCCUGCUGCCAGCCCACCCGCUAUGCUGACGUGGCCUUCCUGGAUGAUCACCACCGCUGGCAGUGGCUGCCCCAGCUCUCAGCGGCUGCCUGCGGCUGCAGUGGCUGAGGGUGCCCAGAUGGGGCCCUGCAGCCACCCCAGAGGUCUGAUGACUUAUUUAUUGGAGACCUGGAUGCCCAGAAGAUGAGAAGAUGGGGUGGGCUGGGGAUGCCAGCAAGGGACACAAUAAAGGAAAUUGAUCCUGGGGUCUUGU